UCUCCUCCGCACAGCGGUCCGCCCUCGUGCUGCCGCGGAGCCUGCGUGCCCGGCGGCGGACAUCCGAGCCGGCAGCAGAUCUGUCUCGUCUCACUGUCCCUGCCUCCGUGCCUGCCCCAAACCGGUUCCAGCCUCUAAGCCCCGGUGAUUCAGGAGGACAGAGGCUCGGAGGGACACUGUCACUAAUACGCACCGCAGAUCCAUCUGGAGAAAGGCACGGAAGACAGUGGACACAGCUUGGAAAGCGCUGGUCCAAGGAAGCCGGACCUUGAUGCUCGGUUUACUUGCCGGUUCUGUCUGAACCCACGGCCUUUUUCUUCGAGAUGAGUUCAAGUUCUCUGGAGUUUACCUUGAAGGCGCGCCACGCCCCCUCCCCAAUCUGAGCAGGACCGGGAGGCCGGGUGAAUCCCGGGCGCCCGCACCCUCGUACCGAGCGAGCGCGGAAGCAGACUCUGCGCCCCGACGCUCUGAUCUUCAGCCUUAAGAACUCCCGGGCGGCCGGGGAGGCGGCGGGAACAAAGCGGAUUCGAAACCACGAGUCCAGGCGGACGUGGGGAGCUGGCUCCACAGGAACAGCCAGGGCUGCAGCCUGGGGAUCCACGCCGCCUGGGGGAGCGCGCAGCGGGCAUGGGCGAGCCGGCACGAGGAGCGGGCUAAGGGGCCGGUAGAGCCGGAUCCUCCCAGGGCGUGGGCACGAGUCCCCGGGCGGUGGCCCUCGCGGGGUUGUCUUGCAGUGCCAUGGCUGGCCGCGGUUGCGGCUGUGGCCCCGGCCACAUGAAUGAGGACAACGCGCGCUUCCUGCUGCUCGCGGGGCUCAUCGUGCUCUACCUGCUGGGCGGCGCCGCUGUAUUCUCGGCGCUGGAGCUGGCGCACGAGCUGCAGGCCAAGCAGCGCUGGGAAGAGCGCCUGGCCAACUUCAGCCGCGGCCACAACCUGAGCCGCGAAGAGCUGCGAGGCUUCCUCCGUCACUACGAGGAAGCCACCAGGGCGGGCAUCCGCAUGGACAGCGUGCGCCCUCGCUGGGACUUCACGGGCGCCUUCUACUUCGUGGGCACUGUGGUGUCUACCAUAGGGUUUGGGAUGACGACACCAGCCACAAUAGGAGGGAAGAUCUUUCUCAUCUUCUACGGUCUCAUUGGAUGCGCAAGCACCAUCCUCUUCUUCAACCUCUUCCUGGAGCGGCUGAUCACGGUCAUCGCCUAUGUCAUGAGAUCCUGUCACCAGCAGCAGCUGCGGAGACGUGGGGUGGCGACCCAGGACAACAUGAAGGCCCCUGAAAAGGGUGAGGCGGAUAGCCUGGCUGGCUGGAAGCCCUCCGUGUACUACGUCAUGCUGAUCCUAUGCUUGGCAUCCGUGGCCAUCUCUUGUGGAGCCUCGGCUCUGUAUGCCACCAUGGAAGGGUGGAGCUACUUUGACUCACUCUACUUCUGUUUCGUGGCGUUCAGCACCAUUGGCUUUGGGGACCUGGUCAGCAGCCAGAAUGCUCAGUAUGAGAACCAAGGACUCUACCGAUUUGCCAACUUCUUCUUCAUCCUCACGGGCGUCUGCUGCAUCUACUCCUUGUUUAACGUCAUCUCCAUCCUGAUCAAACAGACUGUGAACUGGAUCCUGAGGAAACUGGAGAGUGGGUGCUUCCCACAGUGCCAAAGAGGACUCCUGCGGUCCAGGAGGAAUGUGGUGAUGCCUGGUAACAUCCGGAACAGAUGCAACAUCUCCAUAGAGACAGAUGGGGUGAUGGAAAGUGACACUGAUGGGCGACGUCUCUCGGGGGAGAUGAUCUCCAUGAAGGACACCAACAAGGUCUCACUGGCCAUCCUGCAGAAGCAGUUGUCCGAGAUGGCCAAUGGCGGACCCCACCAGCCCAAUGCAUCCUCCAAGGAUGAUGAGUUCUCAGGGGGUGUGGGAGCCUUUGCAGUAAUGAAUAACAGGUUGGCAGAAACCAGUGGAGACAGGUAGGAACCAGAAGUAGCUGCCGGAUGAAGAGACCCAGGAGCAAGUGGAGAAAAGACACUGGCCUGCCCCCAUGAGCUCAGCCUUGUCCCUGGCUGCUGCUAUCCGCUUCUCAAGUCCAGCUUUUGAAAUCUGACUUUGGCCUCAGGCAAUAGUAACCUCUCAAGGUUGGGGGCUGGCGUCUCCUUGCCUGCCUCUUCUUUAACUCUUGAAAUCCAAAUUUCAUAUUUGGAAUUGCUAAGGUCCUUACCAUCCUCCAGAAUUUUUUAAUUGCCCAAGGAAGAUGGGUUUCUCUCCAGCUUUGAUUCCCCACUGAUGAUCCCUCACUUGGGAAGGAAAGCCCUGAAGAGCCUAAUUCUAGCCUGAAACUGUGUGGUUGGCUGACCUCACCACUUCACCCAGGCCCUCAAGAAAAGGGAAUGAACAUUCCAGAAUGUAGCUGGGCCUUCUUUUUGCUGGGCUUCCUUCCAAGCAUAGCUGUUAUUGGUUCCAUAGAUGGGGAAAAGCAUCUCAUUGACUCUUUAUACCUGCUUCUCAGUUUGGGAGUCUUUUGUUUACCAUUUUCUUUUGUUUGUUUUGUUUCCUGUUUGGCUAUGUAUCUUUGGGAUCUUAUGUGAUAAGAAAGUGAAUUCAUCUUCAAGCCUUUAAGCUGCAGCGGGGUGAUGGCAGUGAGUCAAGGGAGGAGAGCAGCUCCCGUUGUAACUGAAGCCUGCAGCUUAAUGUGUUCUCUCUGGAUCGUUACAGACUAUGUCAUUUUACCAGGGCUUGCAGCCUAUUGUCAGAGGCAA